GCGCCUCUCUGGAAACCAGAUCUCCAGGAUCCCAGGGGAAGCUUUCUCUGGCCUCUACAGCCUGAAGAUUCUGAUGUUGCAGAACAAUCAGCUGAGUCGCAUCCCUGCAGAGGCACUGAGAGAUCUUCCAAACCUCCAAUCUCUCCGGCUGGAUGCAAACCUCAUCUCCGUGGUGCCCGAGAGGAGCUUCGAGGGAUUGCUGUCCCUGCGGCACCUGUGGCUGGACGAUAACGCCCUGACCGAGAUCCCGGUCCAAGCCCUGAACCACCUGCCAGCGCUCCAGGCCAUGACCUUGGCCCUCAACCAGAUCUGGCACAUCCCUGACUAUGCCUUCCAGAACCUCAGCAGCCUCGUGGUGCUGCACCUGCACAACAACCGUAUCCAGAGCCUAGGAGCCAAUGGCUUUGAUGGGCUGCACAGCUUGGAAACUCUGGAUCUAAACUACAAUGAGCUGCUGGAGUUCCCUGGGGCUAUCAGGACACUGGGCCGACUGCAGGAGCUUGGUUUUCAUAACAACAACAUCAAAGCUAUUCCAGAGAACGCGUUUGUUGGGAAUCCCCUGCUCCAAACAAUCCAUUUCUAUGACAAUCCCAUCCAGUUUGUUGGACAAUCUGCUUUCCAGUACCUACCAAAGCUCCACACUCUGUCACUCAAUGGUGCAACGGACAUCAGAGAAUUCCCAGACCUUAAAGGCACCACCAGCCUAGAAGUUUUGACCUUGACGCGGGCAGGCAUCCACUUCCUCCCCAGAGGGAUGUGCCAGCAGCUGCCCAGCCUCCGAGUCCUAGAGCUGUCACACAACCAAAUUGAAGAGCUGCCCAGUUUCCACCGGUGCCAGCGGCUGGAGGAGCUUGGCCUCCAGCACAACAGGAUCCAUGAAAUCAGAGCAGACACCUUUGUGCAGCUGAUGGCUCUACGCUCCAUAGACCUGAGUUGGAAUCACAUCCAGUUUAUUCACCCGGAAGCCUUUGUGACACUGCACUCACUCACCAAGCUGGACUUGACUGAUAACCAGCUGGUCACACUGCCUCUGGAUGGUUUGGCUGGACUGACCCAUCUGAAGCUCCAAGGCAAUCCAUCUCUCUUGGAGCCCUUCACCAAGGAGAGCUUCCCCAACAUGAGAGUCCUGGAGGUUCCUUACGCCUACCAGUGUUGUGCCUACGGGAGCUGCAGCAGCUUCUUCAAGGUGUCCAGCCAAUGGGAGGCAGAAGACAUGAGCCCUGAGGAGGAGGAUCCCCACAAGAGGACCAUGGAAUUGUUUCCAGGUCAUACUGAUAAUCACU